GCCAGCCCAGGAGGAGCCACAGGGCGCGGGGCCUGGGGUCUCAGGCUUUGCCCCCCGCCGGGAAUGGCCCUGCUCCUGCUGCUGCGGCUGCUGCUGCUGCUGGGGGUGCCUUGUGGGGCUCAGCCCCAGGCUGGCAGGAACCUUACAGAACCCCCAGAACCUAACGCCACAGUGACCCCUGGGACCCCCACGAUCCCUGUAACCUCGGUGACCCCUGGGACCCCAGCCACGAGUGCUCCAGAGGCACAGGGACCCCGUGGUAGGGGGCUCACCCCCCUGCCCAGGGCAGCUCCCUCCAGCAGCAGCCCUGGGGGCCCAGUGCUCACAGAGGACGGGCGGCCCUGCAGGUUUCCCUUUCGCUACGGCGGCCGCAUGCUCCACUCGUGCACUUCGGAGGGAAGCGCCCACAGGAAGUGGUGUGCCACCACUCACAACUACGACCGCGACAGGGCCUGGGGCUACUGUGCACAGGUCUCGGUGCCCAGGGAGGACCCAGCUGCCCCGGAUCCCUGUGCCUCCAGCCCGUGCCUCAACGGGGGCUUAUGCUCCAACGCCCAGGACCCCGAGUCUUACCACUGCACCUGCCCCAUGGCUUUCACAGGCAAGAACUGCGGCACAGAAAAAUGCUUCGAUGAGACGCGCUACGAACACCUGGAGGUGGGCGACCGCUGGGCCCGAGUGAGCCAGGGCCAAGUGGAACAGUGUGAGUGUGCCGGGGGCCAGAUCCGCUGCGAGGGCACCCGCCACACAGCUUGCCUGAGCAGCCCGUGCCUGAACGGGGGCACCUGCCACCUCAUUGUGGCCACUGGGACCACUGUAUGCUCCUGCCCCCUGGGCCACGCUGGGCGGCUCUGCAACAUCGUGCCUACCCAGCGCUGCUUCGUGGGGAACGGCACCGAGUACCGAGGCGUGGCCAGCACGGCAACCUCGGGCCUCAGCUGCCUGGCCUGGGACUCGGACCUGCUCUACCAGGAGCUGCACGUGGACUCGGUGGGCGCCGCGGCCCUGCUCGGCCUGGGCCCCCACGCCUACUGCCGGAACCCAGACAAGGACGAGAGGCCCUGGUGCUACGUGGUGAAGGACAGCGCACUCUCCUGGGAGUACUGCCGCCUGGUGGCCUGUGGUGCGCGAAUGUGCAGCAAGGGGCAGCCUGGCCCCACUCCAGAAUCCCUCGCCAGAAUUCCGCCCCUGCCCACUGCGGUCCUGCUGAGGCAGGCUGAGCCCGCCCCAGGGGGACGCCAGGCCUGUGGCAAGAGGCACAAGAAAAGAACCUUCCUCCGGCCACGCAUCAUCGGCGGCUCGUCUUCCCUGCCCGGCUCCCACCCCUGGCUGGCCGCCAUCUACAUCGGGAACAACUUCUGUGCAGGGAGCCUUGUCCACACCUGCUGGGUGGUGUCCGCGGCCCACUGCUUCUCCAGCAGCCCCCGCAGGGAGAGCGUCUUAGUGGUCCUAGGCCAACACUUCUUCAACCAAACAACGGACGUAACACAGACGUUUGGCAUCGAGAAGUAUAUCCCGUACCCCAUGUACUCAGUGUUCAACCCCAGUGACCAUGACCUGGUCUUGAUCCGGCUGAAGAAGAAGGGGGACCGCUGUGCCGUCCGCUCCCAGUUCGUCCAGCCUAUCUGCCUGCCUGAGCCCAGCAGCCCCUUCCCCGCUGGACACAAGUGCCAGAUUGCAGGCUGGGGCCACCAGGACGAGAACGGCAGUGGCUACUCCAGCUCCCUGCGGGAGGCACUGGUCCCUCUGGUCGCAGACCACAAGUGCAGCAGCCCGGAGGUGUAUGGGGCCGACAUCAGCCCCAACAUGCUGUGUGCCGGCUACUUCGACUGCAAGUCCGACGCCUGCCAGGGGGACUCGGGCGGGCCCCUGGCCUGUGAGAAGAACGGCGUGGCCUACCUGUAUGGCAUCAUCAGUUGGGGCGACGGCUGUGGGAGGCUUAAUAAACCUGGUGUCUACACGCGUGUGGCCAAGUACGUGGACUGGAUCAAAGACCGGAUAUGGCCCCCUAAGCGGCCUGCGGAUCCCUCCUGAGAGCGCCCACACCUCUGGGUUGGGCAUCCUGCCUCCGCAUGGUUCCCAGACUCAUAACAAUAAAGAUGCUUCCAAGA